GCCAGGUCCGAUAAGGAUAACACACCUGACCGAAGCUCCAACCUUAUCGCGACAUCAUCCUCGUCGCCUACACCAUCCCAUCCUGUCCUGUCCUAUCCCGUCCCGUCCCAUCCCAACCGUCUUCCCGUCCUUCUCUCUAUCGAUUCCUUGUUCCUCUUUACAUCCUCAUCCUCCCCUUCCUCACCUUCGCUUCGCAUCUUGGCUUUCCUCUUCCCAUCAUCACCUUAAUCCUAUUCCUUUCCACUUAAAUAUGAAUCGCUCCAACUCUUGACCUUUUUGUCGUGAAGCACUUACUCUCUUUCUCCCCCAUUCAACAUGGCCAAUUCCCCGUCCCAUAGGUCUAGCCGGAGCCCAGCCUCGUCCACCUCGGCCGGCCGAGACUCCACGUCCCUUUCACAUUCCAGAGACCACCGUGAUGCAACCUCCACAUCAGCCUCCGCUGCUGCCGGCCAUGUGCCGGUUGAGACAUUGGUGGAACACCUGCUCGCCGCCAAACGCUCGCUCUCGUCCAUGACGGCCGUCUUGCGAGCAAACGAAAUCGCGACCGAUGCACGCCAGGCCCAUGAGGAGGCUGUUGUCCUGUAUGCCGAGACCCAGUUCCUGCGACGCGCCAUCUCUGAGCAGCUGGCGCUGUUGAUGAAGGUUCGCCGUGGUCUUAAGAGAACCUACGAUGCCGGCAAGCGCGACUUCAAGCACCUGGUCAAGACCAUGGAUGCAACCAAUGAGAAGCUGCAGGAGACCAUGGCCAUGCUCAAGAAUACAACUGUGGAAGCUGUCUUCAGGCCGCCGGGCGAAGAGCGCCGUAAUCUGAUGGACUUCGUGGACGAGAAGAGCGUCCACGUCAUGGUCGAGGCUCUGAAGCAGAGCCUCGGCGAGCUGCAGGCUAUCCAAACAUCCUUCGACGGCGACCUCCUUCGUUUCGAUGAUGAUCUGCGAGCACUCAAGAAAACGAUGACGACAACACCCCUGCCCAGAACGCCCUCCGACUCGUCACAAUACGAUCCGAUACCCGAGCUUCUCGGUUCUCUCGUAGACAGUUCACAUGACAUGGCCCAACUGCUCACGUCCUUGACGAAACACUUUGACUUGUGCGUCACAGCGGUGCGGACAACAGAGGGCGGCGCGGCUCUUGCUCGUCGUAGGGCGGCGGAGGUGACGCAGUCACAAGGCGGCGAUGGCGUAUCUUUGUCUGGCGUAAUUGCUGACCAAGAGUCGCAAAUGCCCGAUCUCGAACCGAUAACAAUGAAAGACCGGGCGGACAUGCUGAAUGUUGUGGUUAGCGAUGCAUCAGAGGUCGAAAGCGUCAUCCAGGAAAUCAACAAGACACUCCAGACCAUGGAAGAGCAAUUUUCAGCCAUGACUGGACAAACAGGACAGAUCAAAUUGGCGUUCCUCGGCACCCUGCAAGGGUUCGCUGCGCUGGAAGAGAUGGGCGGUCGUAUGGCCAGCUACAUCGCGAGCGAGGCCGAGUUCCUCCAGCGGUGGGAGGAUGAGACAUACACCAUCUACAACAAGCUUGGCGAAAUGGACGACCUUCGAGACUUUUACGAAAAGUACGCGGGCGCUUAUGAUAACCUGAUCCUGGAGGUUGAGCGGCGCCGCAUGGUAGAGGACAAGAUUACAAACAUUUGGAAGAAGGCGAUGGACAGCGUUGACAAACUCGUCGAAAACGAUCGACGGGAGCGCGAAGGAUUCCGCCAGGAUAUUGGCGAGUUCAUCCCCACGGAUCUAUGGCCGGGUAUGGACGGCGGAAUGAAGAGGUGGGAACUCGUCGCGGUUGACGACGGCACAGCCGAGGACGACGUGUCGGGCGGGCAGCGAAGCACGCCGGCGCUGGACCGAAGCGUCGUAGACGCUGCCCGGGAUCGAUUGGAGAGGAGCCAGCAGCGGUAGGAGCAUUGCAGUCUUUCGGAUUGGCUCCUGUGUUGAUUUAGAUUGUUUGAGUGUAAGGAUUCACCGGGAUAUGGUUUCAUUGGCGUUCAUAACAUAGUAAAGACGGCAGCCUCCAGAUAGGCAAGGGAUACGGUUUCACGCUUUCAUGGUUUGGACGGCGGCAAAGUCUGUUUGGAUUAUUAUUUGGCUGGGCAUUUCAUCUUCUCCGGUCUUGUAUGAAGCGAAG